AUGUCGUCUGGUCCGGCGAGGUAUAUGCGGUACCUGCUAUUUGCAGUGAUGGGGUUAGCGGUCUUUUUCUUCAUCUCGCGAUCCUCCAUACCGCUCGACACGGCGAGCUUAGGCUCGCGUCUCAAUCAGGCGACGCUCAAGACCCCUCCCUCAUCGCCCGCCAGCGAUUCGACGGUGCAAAAUGACGCCGGAUCGGCUGCGGCGGUGGUGAAGGAGCCCUCCACGGGUGGCUCAAGCAGCGCUGGCGCUCGCCCCGUAGGGGCAGAAGACCGUGUGAAUGCGACCUUUGUGACGUUGGCGCGCAAUACAGACGUGUGGGAGAUUGCCAAGUCGAUCCGGCAGGUCGAGGAUCGCUUUAACCGGGAGUACCACUACGACUGGGUGUUUCUGAACGACAAGCCCUUUAACGACGAAUUCAAGAAGAUCACCACGGCGCUGGUCUCGGGCAAGACAUACUAUGGGCUUAUCCCUGAGGAACACUGGUCGUACCCGGAAUGGAUUGACCAGGACAAGGCCAAGAAGGUCCGCGAGGAGAUGGGCCGCCGCAAGAUUAUCUACGGCGAUUCCGAGAGCUAUCGGCACAUGUGCCGGUACGAGUCUGGCUUCUUCUUCCGUCACCCGCUGAUGCUCAACUACGAGUAUUACUGGCGCGUGGAGCCCAGCAUCGAACUCUACUGCGACAUCAGCUUCGACCCGUUCAAGUACAUGAAGGAGAACAAGAAGAAGUACAGCUUCGUACUUAGUCUGUACGAGUACUACGAUACCAUCCCCACCCUCUGGGACAGCGUCAAGAAAUUCGUGGCCAAUCAUCCCGAGCACAUUGCUGAGGACAACUCCAUGGGCUUUUUGAGUGACGACGGAGGGAAGACCUACAACAAGUGCCACUUUUGGUCCAACUUUGAGAUCGGCAGCCUGGAGUGGCUGAGAUCGAAAGAGUACAUCGACUACUUUUCCUCCCUCGACCAGGACGGCGGCUUCUUCUACGAGCGUUGGGGCGACGCCCCGGUGCACUCCAUCGCCGCGGGCCUCAUGCUCAAGAAGGAAGAGAUUCACUUCUUCAACGAGAUCGCCUACUACCACGUCCCCUUCACCCACUGUCCUACCGGCGAACAGACGCGGCUGGAUCUGAAAUGCUCCUGCAAUCCCAAAGACAACUUUGACUGGAAGGGCUAUUCUUGCACGUCGCGAUACUUCCAUAUCAACGACAUACAGAAGCCCGAUGGCUACCAGGACGAACAGGAUUGA